CCCUUUGCUGAAAGAUACCGUGAGAAGAAUUAAUGCUGGAAGUGAACGAAAUUGAUGCCACAAUCCUAACACUAUAAACAUAGAAGGCUCCAGUAUUACUCGUGUCGUGUCAUUUGGGAGCAUUUUAUUGAGGUAACGGUGAUGAGGACGGUCCCAACAUGACGCCUGGCCAGUGCUGUUCGGGAGCGGGGGUGUGGAGUGGGCCUUCGGGGACGAGUCUAGAUGGGCAGCCGCUCCUCGAGUGACCCGUCUUUGGUGUGGCCGCCUGAGUGGUAUGGACAAGGGCCCCAGGAGCCCGAGCCCUGACAAGUAACCUCUGAGUUUCCCGAGAAGCCUGAAGCUGCCGGAGCCGCCGACCAUGAGAGUCUACCUGUCCUACCUGGUCCUGCUGGGGUCCAGCUGCGUCAUCUCCACCUACGGCCCCCACCAGCGGGCGCAGAAGAAAGGAGACAUCAUCCUGGGGGGGCUCUUCCCCAUUCACUUCGGCGUCGCGUCCAAGGAUCAGGACCUCGCCACCAGGCCAGAGUCCACGGAGUGCGUGAGGUAUAACUUCCGGGGGUUUCGCUGGCUGCAGGCCAUGAUCUUCGCCAUAGAGGAGAUCAACAACAGCAGCACUCUCCUGCCCAACAUCACGCUGGGGUACCGCAUCUUCGACACCUGCAACACCGUGUCCAAGGCCCUGGAGGCCACCCUCAGCUUCGUGGCGCAGAACAAGAUCGACUCGCUCAACCUGGAUGAGUUCUGUAACUGCUCGGAGCACAUCCCCUCCACCAUCGCGGUGGUGGGCGCCACUGGCUCGGGGGUGUCAACUGCUGUGGCCAACCUGCUGGGCCUCUUCUACAUCCCGCAGGUUAGCUACGCGUCUUCCAGUCGCCUGCUGAGCAACAAGAACCAGUACAAGUCCUUCAUGAGGACCAUUCCCACAGACGAGCACCAGGCCACCGCAAUGGCCGAUAUCAUUGACUUCUUUCAGUGGAACUGGGUGAUAGCAGUGGCCUCAGACGAUGACUAUGGCCGGCCUGGCAUUGAGAAGUUUGAGAAGGAGGUGGAAGACAGGGACAUCUGCAUCCACCUGAAUGAGCUCAUUUCUCAGUACUUCGAGGAGGAGCGCAUCCAGGGAAUCGUGGACCGUAUCCAGGAGUCCAAAGCCAAGGUCAUUGCGGUCUUCGCCAGCGGCCCAGACAUGGAGCCUCUUAUCAAGGAGAUUGUGAAGAGGAACAUCACCGAUCGCAUCUGGCUGGCCAGCGAGGCCUGGGCCAGCUCCUCCCUGAUCGCAAAGCCCGAGUUCUUCCACGUGGUCGGGGGCACCAUCGGCUUUGCCCUCAGAGCCGGGCAGAUCCCCGGCUUCAGGAACUUCCUGCAGCAGGUGCAGCCCAAGAAGUCCGCCCAUAACGAGUUUGUCAGGGAGUUCUGGCAAGAAACCUUCAACUGCUAUCUGGAAGACAGCCCCAGAAACCCCUCGAGGGGAAAUGGCAGUGCAAACAUCAGACCGCCUUGUACAGGGGAGGAGGACAUCAACAGCGUUGAGACUCCCUACCUGGACUACACUCACCUGCGCAUCUCCUACAACGUGUAUGUUGCUGUCUACUCCAUCGCCCAUGCCCUCCAGGACAUUCUCACCUGCACUCCAGGGAAGGGGCUAUUCACCAAUGGCUCUUGUGCUGACAUCAAGAAAGUGGAAGCGUGGCAGGUUCUGAAGCAGCUCAGACACUUGAACUUCACCAACAGCAUGGGAGAGCAGGUGGACUUCGAUGAGAGCGGAGACCUGCUGGGUAACUACACCAUCGUGAACUGGCACCGGUCCCCGGAGGACGGCUCUGUGGUCUUCGAGGAAAUCGGCCACUACAACAUGCAUGCUGAGAAAGGCUCUCGCCUCUUCAUCGAUAAGUCCAAGAUACUGUGGAACGGCUACAGUAAAGUCGUCCCAUUUUCAAAUUGCAGUGAAGACUGCGAGCCGGGAACCCGAAAAGGGAUCAUCGACGGCGAGCCGACGUGUUGCUUUGAGUGUAAGCAGUGCUCUGAUGGGGAGUUCAGCGAUCACAAAGAUGCGAGUGUGUGCACCAAGUGCCCCAACAACUCGUGGUCCAAUGAAAACCAUACGUCCUGUCUUCUCAAGGAGAUCGAGUUUCUCUCGUGGACCGAACCCUUUGGGAUUGCGCUGACCCUGUUUGCGGUGCUGGGGGUUUUCCUGACCUCCUUUGUCCUGGGGGUCUUUGUGAAGUUCCGCAACACUCCCAUUGUGAAGGCCACCAACAGGGAGCUCUCCUACCUCCUGCUGUUCUCGCUCAUCUGCUGCUUCUCCAGCUCUCUGAUCUUCAUUGGGGAGCCCCAGGACUGGACCUGCCGGCUCCGCCAGCCGGCCUUCGGGAUCAGCUUCGUGCUCUGCAUCUCCUGCAUCCUGGUCAAGACCAACCGGGUGCUGCUGGUCUUCGAAGCCAAGAUCCCCACCAGCCUUCAUCGCAAGUGGUGGGGGCUGAACCUGCAGUUCCUCCUGGUCUUCAUGUGCACAUUCGUGCAGAUCAUGAUCUGCGUGGUCUGGCUCUACAACGCACCACCCGAGAGCUACAGCAACCAUGACAUGGACGAGAUCAUUUUCAUCACCUGCAAUGAGGGCUCCCUAAUGGCACUGGGGUUCCUCAUCGGGUACACCUGCCUGCUGGCCGCCGUCUGCUUCUUCUUUGCCUUCAAGUCCCGCAAACUGCCAGAGAACUUCAACGAGGCCAAGUUCAUCACCUUCAGCAUGCUUAUCUUCUUCAUCGUCUGGAUCUCCUUCAUCCCUGCCUACGUCAGCACCUACGGCAAGUUUGUGUCGGCCGUGGAGGUCAUCGCCAUCUUGGCCUCCAGCUUCGGGCUCCUGGCCUGCAUCUUCUUCAACAAGGUCUACAUCAUCCUCUUCAAGCCAUCCAGGAACACGAUCGAGGAGGUGCGCUGCAGCACCGCGGCCCACGCCUUCAAGGUGGCGGCCCGGGCGACGCUGCGGCGCAGCGCCGUCUCGCGCAAGAGGUCCAACAGCGUCGGCGGCUCCUCGGUGUCCACGCCCUCGUCCUCCAUCAGCUUCAAGAGCAACGAGGACCAGGACCUCCCCGCAGCGGGGCCGCAGAGGGCUUGCAAGCAGACGGUGAGCUUCGGCGGCGGCAAGGUGAUGCUCUCUCUCAGCUUCGAGGAGCCCCGGAAGAAUUCCGUGGCCGUCAGGUACAGCCGGAGGAAGAGCUCCCUGGAGGGCAAGGACAGCGGCGACAGCCUGAUGAGGCACAAGGCCCUGCUGCCCCUGCAGAACAGCGAAGCCCGGAGCGACCCCAGCUUCAGGACCGCCGGCAGCAACCCCUCCCAGGAAGCCGCCGGCGGGAGGAAGCAGGAGGAGGGCAGCACCGCUGACGACGCCGCGCCCUUCCCUUCCGCGAACUCUGCCGGCUUUGGGGCCAACGCGUUCACGGAGAACUCCAGCAACUCCUAACAUCCUCUCGCGACGCCCUCCGCGCCCGCCCCCCCCCCUUCCCAGUGCUCUCAGAAGUAGGCUGAGGCCGCCUGGGCUGAGCCCGAGGGGAGCUCCUUUGCGGCGCUCACAUUAGAAUCACUUUUUGUAACCUGGAGCUGAAUGUCUAGCACUGUGAGCAUCAGACCGAGUUUAUCUCCUGCUCCUACCGGGACGCGGACCUUUGCUAUAUCUGUUUGCGAGCUGACCCUUCCAAUUGUUCUGCAACUCUCUGCCUCUGCUUUUUAUUGAGGAGAAAAAGUACUAAAUACUACAAGCACUAAGAUCUACUGAGAAAGGCCCAAUUAAAAACAUGCAAAACGAUUACACAGAAAUGGUAACCCAGUUUUAGAGAGACGUUACCACUCUAAUUACAAGAAUACAUUUUUCCUUAUUUGUGUUUAUAUAAAACAAAUGAAUCUUAAAUUCUUAAAUUAAUGCGACACUGCUGUUGUGCUUUUCGAAGGUCAUUUGUGUGAGCCUUUCUGAACUGGGGUUUCAAGGGUCUGCUUAAAACACUUUUUUAAGAUGAUAAAUCAAUACUCUCCAUAAAUAAGUAUAUUUAGCAUUUAAGGUUAUUAAGGUAUUUAACAAUAAAAAUUACUAGCUAUAAUAAAGUGCACAUCAGUAUCCAUGUUUUUCAAAUCUAUUUUCAUUCACUGAAAUUUAGAAUGAUAGUUGCUUUGCAUUAGUCACUUCUACUAGUGUUCCACACAUUGUUCAAAAAUAGCUUUUUUGAGCAAUUAAGCCCCUCACAUACUAUAAUUUUAUUUGGCACUGUAAUGUCAUUGGUACUGAAAGAGGACAGAGGGUGAAGUAUGAAGGGACUUUUUCAUAACAUUUAUCAAGUAUUUUCUACAUAAAAAUACCCGUUAAGGAUUGUCCUUUUCUCCUUUUCUGCAAGUGCAUGGUAUACAGACAACAGAUGAAAUAGUGCAAACUUUUCGAAUUGAGGCAGUUUACAUUUGUGUGCCUGGUUUUAAUCGUGAUAAAGACCACAGACAAAAUUACUCCAAAAACGAACAUUGUAUCAACCCAUCAAUUCACCAAUCAAUCAAUCUUCAUUCGCUGUAGCGCCAUUUGCAACAGUUGACCACAGAGGGCUUUACAGAAUUAUAUUGUACAGCACCGGCUGACCCUGUGGGAACAGCAGAGACACAAAAACAGGUCUCAGGUCCAAUGAUAGCCCCCCCCACCAGGCAAUAGAUUAGCGGCACAUUAAUAAUGCUGGGUCAUUGACGAUCUUUACCAUGCCCAAGGCUGGGAUACUGCUGUCCUCAGGUUGUUGUCAGGGCUAUCCAAGAGAGGUCGCUAAGGUGUCCUGUGUCUGCUAGCAUGUAUCCGGUAAGUACAAACUGUGCACACUGUUCAAUAGCAGACCCGUUUAACCUGUACCAUUCUCUUGGAUGCAGUGACGUCAGUGAAUCUACAAGAACAUUUGAAUCUUUCAUCUCUUUCCUAUAAAGUUUUUGGGGACACUAAGCAUAAUUUUAGUUUUCCAGGAAUGUUGGGUAAUUGAAUAUAUAGGGGCUAGCACUGCAGUGUACUGUGCAUUCUCGGGUUAGGUGUUCCUGUUCUAGAUUAGUCUUCACUGCUUGAGGAAAAAAUUGCGCUUCUGUUAAUGCUAGGGACGUUUUAGAAUAGUCUGUAUGGAUCUAAAUGUAUUUUCAUGUCAUUAUGAAAGCAGUUAAUACUUAUUCAACGCGGGCCCUGUUGUUUCAUGUGAACUAUAAAUCUUUGGGCUUGAUGUCAAAUGUAACCCCUGUACGAAAGAUUAAACAACUUUGU